AUUAUAUUAUAUUAUUAUUCUUAUUAUAAUAUACUAAUAAAAAAAUGAAAAAUACCAACUUUUUUUAAUUUUUGUCAGAAUAAAAAACCAGUUUAAAUACGUAAUAAAUAAUAAAUAAUAAAUUUAGUAGUCGCAAUUCACCGACUCUGAGUUCUCAUAAACUCACGAAGCUUCUCCAAUUCUCCCCGAACCCUAACUCAUCCUCCUCCAUAUCCGUGUCACAAAUUCUUCAUUUCAUAUUAUGUGUUUUUCAACACUCUAAUUAACAAGUUGACGUUGCAAGGAAGUUGAAUGGGGAACUCUGUAUCGGUAUCUGGUUCAAGUGAGAACUUAGAGACGAGGGAUGUUAAUACUAGAAUGGCACACCAAGUAGGUUUGGUUGGUUCAGUUCCAGAGGCGUACUCUAAGAAGAGUUUGCAAUGUGUUUCUUUUAUAAAAAAGGGAGUAGCACAUCCGGUUGUGGGUAUCAUAGGUGUGUUUCUUCUUAAAACUGCAGCGCUAGAAGUUGUGCGGAGGAUCUCAAAUGCGAAGUUCCCAAUUGUCUGGGAAGGGCUCCAGGCUCUCCAGCUUCUGUGCUAUCCACCGUUCAGGUGGAUUGAGAGAUGGACUCCUUUCAAGGGCUUGGUUAAGAAUAUGCAGGGGUUGUCGAAGCCAAUGUUAGCUCUGUCAAUCGCAACAAUUUUCUCUGAUGAAUCUUCAUGUGACAAUUCCUAUGCCUCUCCAGAUGGUUACGAAACACAGUCGGGGUCACCUUCUCAAUUAUCUAGUCCAGACGUAAGGUCCACCAAUGAAGCUCCGAGAGUUCUUGUUUCCAGGAAGUGGUUGCAAGACUUGCAUGAGAAGUUAAAUGAGGAGGGUUUGACUUUACCUGAAAGGCUUGACGAGGAUGAGCUUUGUAGAUUUUAUGCUGCUUCGAAUGGUGACUUCUCAAGGUUUGUUACAGCAGUGAAGAAGACGAUACAAUGGAGACAAACUUACACUAUGUUAUCCCCAGAUGAACUUAAGGACUGGGAUUGCUUUGUAUUCUGGCAUGGCUAUGAUGUUAAGAGAAGACCCUGUCUCAUUAUCCGUCUUGGGCUCGCUUGCUCCAACCUGAGUUCUAGCAAUAAGCCCGUAUUUGCUAAAGCAGUUGUUUCCCAGAUAGAACACGGAGUUUUGAACCUCGUUGACAGGAGGCAUCCUCAAAUUACGGUUUUGAUGGAUUGCAAGGGAUUAUCACCAUUUGGUUUUCCGAUGCAAAUAUUGCGAUCGUGUGCUACACUGCUGCAAGAUCACUAUCCAACACGUCUUGCUUGCUUGGCUAUCAUACGGCUUCCUGCGGUUGCACGUAUGAUAAUUCAAACUCUAUUUCAGGUUCUCAAACCUGCCACUAGACAGAAAGUAAGGAUCAUAGGAGAUAACUACCAAGAGGUCGUCACUGAAUUCCUACAGACACUACCUCUUUUCCUAGGUGGUACGUGCUCGUGCGUUAACUGUUUAGGCAGUAGCAAUGUAACAAGUACAAAUGAAGAAAUCAUACAGACAAGCCCAAUAGCAGAGCUUGAAACUGAAAUUAAUGAAGAAAACGCCGAGACAGAGCUUGGAGAUAGUACUGAUGAAAUAAUCACGACGACAGAGAUUGGAGAUGAAACUUAUGAAGAAAUCACCGGGGCGAGCUCAAGCACAAAUCACCAUAAUCAUGUGAAUGUUGGUCCAUCCCACUACUCAGAUCUUCGUACUAACAUGAGCAGGGAAGAAGUGGUCAGAACCACUAUAAUUGGUAUGGUUGUGUUGUGGAUGUUUAUUGCCUACUUAUGGGCAGCCAAACAUGCAACUCAACCAGCACCGUGACAACCCACCCCCCCCCCCCCCCCCCGGCCCCGCCCCGCCCCGCCCCGCCCCGCCCCCAACCCCACCCCACACACACACACACAAAAGCCCAACAGUUCAACAGUCAAGUAGAUGGAUGUAGUAGUCAAGCAGAUGGAUGUUGCUUUUAAUAGGAUUUUGUAUGUAGACUCAGUUGCUGUAUCUUAAAAUGUGCAUGGUAGUUUAUAGUAAUAUUGGGAGGGAGGUUUAAACUUAAAAUAUAGAUGUUAGUAUUUAGUUUUAUUAUUUUUAGGUUUUUAGUUAAUGCUAGGUGUUGCAGAUGUUAUUGUACCUGUUCUUACAUAUAAUGGUACUGGGCCAUUUAGCUGGAAAAGAGGUUUAGUGCUGUGCAAUUACUUUGCAAAUGCUUCCGGCAUUCUUCCUCA